GCAGCAACUUCUGGGUUUUGCGCCAGCAUUUAUGUUUUCUAUCAACUACAGUUUCUCACUUUUGUCUCCCACUAUAGUCCAUCCUCAUCCACUACUUUUUAUUUCCCUCUUUCUCCUUCACGUAACUCUUGAUAAAUAGCCUUGGUACUUUCAUCUUUGUUUGUCUAUCUUCUAGUUCAAUUCCAUGGCUAACUUCAGCUUCAUCCUAGGCAUAAUUGGGAAUGUCAUCUCCAUACUUAUGUUUGCUGCCCCAAUAAAAACGUUCAAAAGGAUAAUCAAGAAGAAAUCAACAGAGGAUUUUAAAGGGAUACCAUAUAUUACAACACUAUUGAGCACAAGUUUGUGGACAUUUUAUGGGUUGCUAAAGCCUGGAGGUUUGCUUGUGGUCACAGUCAAUGGCACUGGUGCCAUCUUACAUAUCGUAUAUGUCACUCUCUUUCUUAUCUAUGCCCCCAAAACUCUCAAGAUUCAAUCCAUUAAGCUGGUGGCAAUAAUAGAUAUAGCUUUCCUUGGGGCUGUAAUAGCAAUCACUUUACUAGCUGUGCAUGGAAAUACUCAGCUCACAUUGGUCGGACUUUUAGCUGCUGGUUUGAACAUAGUCAUGUAUGCAUCUCCUUUAUCAGCUACGAGAACUGUGAUAAAAAUGAAGAGAGUGGAGUACAUGCCAUUUUUCCUUUCCUUCUUCCAGUUCCUUAAUGGAGGGGUAUGGGCAGCUUAUGCAGUCUUUGUCAAAGAUUAUUAUAUUGGAGUGCCUAAUGGGAUAGGCUUCUUAUUGGGCUCAGCCCAACUGAUCCUGUACUUCAUUUACUACAAGUCAACCCCAACAAAAUCUACAGAUCAAAAGGAAGAAAAAGAAGGCUCGGCCCAUUUAGUGAGAAGAGGAAUCCAACUGAAUGAUCUUGAUGGAGCCCAUGAGAAUGAUAAAAAUAAUCGAAAUCUUCACAAAGGGAAAAGCCUUCCAAAGCCAUCUUUAGCUCGUCAGUAUAGCGAGAAACUAGUGAAGACUCUCUCGAUUAGCCCAUCUUCUUUGGGCUCAUACAAUGAAGAUGAUAUUGAGAAAGGCCUAAAAGAUGCCCACUAAAUUUCAGAAUUUUAGAAUAUAGGCCCAAACUUCAUUUUUGUAUUCUUGGGUCUUACGUAUAAGAAAGCGUUAUAAUUCCGAAAUUUUACCUCUUAUAUCAAAGGUUGAUACCUUAUUUAUUAUAAAUAAAUACCCUUUUAAAAAAUUAUCUCCUAUAGCUACCUUUUAAUUUUUAUAGCAAAAUAUCUAUUUAUGGUCACUUCCUAUCUUUAAGGCAUUAAAUACACUAUGUAUUAUUUUUCCCUCUUCCUCUCUCUUCCUUCUCUCCUCCUUUCUCUUUCCUCUUUCUUCUCUUUUUCCCCCGGUUUUUUCCUCCCAUGCUUUUAGAAACCCUAGCAGGGGUUGUGUUCCGCUAACGAUAGAUCCAGCCAGCGACCACUUCCCCCCUUCCUUGUAGUGUCACCCCUAACCCCCUCCGGCCGGCGAUUUCUUUCACACAAUUGUGUUACACAUUCUAAAUUUUUCUUAGAUUUUGAAUUGAUUGUUCAUGUUUGCCUUGUGAGAUCUGAAGAAGUUCUGUCUCUAGUUUUCGUUUGAUCCUUUAAAUUGGUGCUUGUGAGAUCUGAAGAAGUUCUGUCUCUAGUUUUCGUUUGAUCCUUUAAAUUGGUGCUUGUGAGAUCUGAAGAAGUUCUGUCUCUAGUUUUCGUUUGAUCCUUUAAAUUGGUGCUUCUUCAACAAUUGUCUUCAUUUAACCGGCGGCGACACCCCACAUGGUGGCGGCCUGGAUAUCGGUGGUUUGGGGAUAGAGUUUGGGACUGGGGAACUUGAAGAGUCUGUUACCUUUUAUUUCAUUGUAUUUCAAUGUAUCUCGAUGUAUUUUAUUGUA